AUGGUGCCUGUAUCAAUAGAAGGAUGCACUCAAGGAACAGAGGGUGGAGGGCCCCGAGGCGGCUCUAUUUCACUUGGUUUACUUAUAGAUUUUAUAGUUCAAAGGACGUACGAUGAAUUGUCAGUGCUAGCAGAGUUAUUGCCACGAAAAACGGAUAUGGAGAGAAAGAUAGAGAUAUACAAAUUUAGUGCUCGCACACGCCAACUUUUUGUUCGAUUACUGGCCUUAGUAAAAUGGGCUAGUAGUGCUACUAAAGUUGAUCGAUCUGCACAUAUCAUGGCAUUCUUGGACAAGCAAGCUUUACUCUUUGUUGAAACUGCUGAUGUAUUGGCCCGUGUAGCUAGGGAAACUUUAGUACAUGCAAGGUUACCAACAUUCCACAUGGCAGCAGCGGUAGAAGUCCUAACAUUAGGAACCUACAGUCGUUUACCAGCUGUAAUUCGUGAGCGGCUGGUACCGCCUCCUUGUCUAACAGCUGGAGAAAAAAGAUCAACAUUGAGAUCACUAGCACACAUUGUUCGACAGAGGCUUACCACAGCUUCUUUACCUACUGAUGUUAGAAAUUUAAAGGUUGAAAAUGGCAGAGCAACAUUUUCAGUAGGUCAAGAGUUUAGUGUAUCUCUCACAGUAAUGGGCGACGGGCCUAAUGUACCUUGGAGAUUAUUGGAUAUUGCUAUUCUUAUUCAAGACAAUGAAACUGGUGAAGGCAAACCGUUGGUACACACAUCUCAACUUACAUGGCUCCGUGGUGUUGCUCAAGCUCGAUUAGCUGCAGCUGGUCUCAAUGGAGCCCUUACAGCUUUGAGAUUCUUCUGCCGAUCACUGUCUCUGGAAUUGCUAUACACUCAGACAUUGAGAUUAUGUCGAGACCGGCUAACAAAGCACCUCCAAGUGGAUAAAUAUAUACCAGGGCAGAAGCUACAGGUUUCCUAUUGGAGAGAACUGGGUUGUGAGUUGGGAUAUCGUUUAAUAAUUGGGGCUGAAGGGGAGAACCUAUGCGUAUGCCACGUCCCGGCGUUGGCCGGUGGUGAGAGGGUCGCGACUGCGUUGACACCCCACGCGCCGUCAAUGGAACGACUACUGGCCCACACGGUGCAUGUUCGUUCACGACAACGCCUAAACGACUUAAAAGUACUUCUAAAUGAUUUGGGGGUGGAGUGUACAGUGGGAGGCUGGCCGUGUGUGUUAGCGUGUUCUGUGGUGUCGCCGUGUCUCCGUGCGGAGCAAUUACUGGUGUCAGUCGGGGCUCAUGGUGGUAAACUACGAGCACGGGUUCCGGCUUAUCCAGCCACGCCCAAGAUGAAUGAAUUGGCUAAUGCUUUGGGUGCAGCUGAUCUUAAAGCGUUGAGGCCGUUGCUUACACAGCUAAGGUUUUGGUUGGUGGCACGACGUUGUGAGAAAACCCUUCAACAUUUACCGGCAAGUGUUUGCGAACACUUGCCAUUCAUGCAUGGCCCGGAACAUCCGUUGAACAAGCUGUCAUCUGAUCGUCUUUACGUGAUAUUGCAUCGGCAUACAGACCAUAUAUUGAUUGUGGAAAUGAAGGAAGUGGCAGCCGGAAGUACAGCGACUACCAGCUCCAGUACGAAUAGUGGGAGCGCGUGUAGUGUAUCGUUAUCGUUUCAUCUUGCUGGAGCGAGGCGAUGUACGCCCGAUGAAUGCGAAGACGAGGUGUUUGAAGUCGGAUUUUGUUACAAUUAUUUCCAAUUAUUCCAGUCUGGUGUCAGUAAUGCGUCGCCAACAGUUGCAAGGUCCUAUUUGAAGAUACAAGCCCUGGUUGAACUUGAUACGUUUACCCUAACACAUGGCCCAUUCACACCGCUAGAUACGCCAGGUAUGCAGCCAGGCAAGCGAAAAUUAGCCAUUGCAGCAACGCGAUCAGUGCGUGCACGUCAACCGGCGUACUUCCUUCCCGAACUCGCGCACGUUGUCGCAGCGGCGGACGAACGCGUGCCGUUCGUCAAUCUCGCUAGAGAGCUGGCAAAUCGCGGCGUAACCCACGGUGGGGUACAACCAGAAUGGAGUGGUUCUGCCCUCGCGAUGCGUAUAGUUGAUCUACCUAAACCGGAUAGCGCGCCCGUGCACGCGGUCGCUGCGUUACGUGCACGUCUGCUCGCGGCCACUAUACGUCUGACGACGAAGAACCAAGCUAGAGUUUGGACAGCAGAAAUCGUGUUCCACGGAUCGCCCGUACGGACGCCGAGUGCUAAGGAACAAGGUGAACGUCGUUGCGUAUAUCUUCAGUACGAGCUUGGGACUAAUGCUGGCCGCACAGCGGAGGCAUUUUUAGCUGAUUGGGCCGCCAUUGUUCAUCUACAUACACUAUUACACGACUAUAUGCUUAGACCCGUACAAGAACGCGAAUCUCUAUGGCAGGGCAUAUGUAUACGUUCAUAUACGUACCGUUCGCUCGUACUCGGUUUUGGCCCGGGUCAACGCGCAACAGCAGUUUUGCAGUGGAAUGCGCCAACUCAAAGAUAUACUGUGGCAACACCAGCUCAUCAACCCGCAGCAAACGCCCAUCAUCUCUUACAUCAUCAUUUGGAACAUUAUGUUAACUGGAGCAAAGAUCUUCUCUCGUUGGGCGUGGUCCUUCGUGAGACAUACGCCCCUCUGCUCUCACUCAGCCGUCUCCCGACAUUGCCUCAAGUGGGAUUGCAUCACGUGCGGACGUUGAUGCCUACACCAACGUUUACUUUGAUUGCGCAUUCUUGGAGAAAGAUCCGUGUGAUAUACGCUGGAGCGUAUUCGUUAGAAAUUGGAAUACGUGGCGGUAACAUGGUUACGAUAAGAGAUGGCGCUUACUCAAAAUUCGAUCGCAGUCCCGCCGUGGAUGAGUUUGCUCCCGCUCAAGGUCUUAAGGCCUUCUUAUCGCGAUACGUUGAAGAUAACAUCAGUGCAAGAUUGCUUGCGGAAGAGGAUAAUCCUCUAUCACCAAUGUCACCGAUGCCGCCAGGUGGUUUACGCUUCCAAGCGCCAUUAACGCCACCGCAGUCUCAUUCGGCGCCUGUCACACCUCACCCCGCGUCGCCUGCGCAGCAUCAGAUGGCGGGUUCGUCGUUCAACCUCACUUCACCCCCAGGGGGAGCAGUGGUAGCGUCCCCUGCAUCCCCCUUAGCGCCCUCACCGCUCGCCCCUGCGGCGUCUCCCCACAACCCGACUUCCCCCUUCACGGCGUGGCCAGCCUCGCCCUCAUUGCCACGCCCUUCGCCUGGACAUCAUCCAUCGCCGAGACACAUGGAACAUAAAGGGCCCCAACCCACUUCGAAUACGGCAAGUCGCAGUCGCCAAUGGGCGGGGUCCACAGCCACGCCCAUGGCAUUUAGCAAACUGGAAGCACUUUGCACACCCAGCGAACCACCUGCUGGAGCUCCGGCAGGGCCAGCUUUGGCGCCGUUGCAACGAUUCCUGGCCUGUGUUUAUUUGAAAAGAGCGCUACAGAGGGUGGUACAGCAAGAGGAAUAUCUGUCCCUGGUCUCCGUGGAAGCGACGAGCGUGACAUUCUGCUGUGAGGCAGCUGGUAUGGUUGCGAGGGUCGCCUUGCACCCCCAGCAUUUGCAGUCGCUGCAUCUUCAGCUCACACCGCAGCCGGACCAUAAGGAUAAUUGGACAGCGGAAGAUUUACAGAUAAUGGAGAAAUUCUUCGAACAACGCGUAGCGAUUGCUCCGUACCGGGCUUCGUCUCUUCAGGGCUGGUGUCGUGUGUGGGGCGCCCCAGCAGCCGCGUUGCCAUCCUUGGUUGCCCUGAUGAGGGCAGACAUGGCCCCCAUUGCCCCGGCAUUAUGGCAGUUGCAGUGGGCGUUACGCAUUCCGCCCCAUGGCCCACAGAUUGUACCCACGGGUCAACCUGCGGUGUUGCUGGCUAAGCACAAGAUUUUGUUCUUUAUAUGUCUAACGCGUGGCGAGACGCAGCUAGUACUUCCACUAGUAUACGAUGUGCAAUCGAAUGCAAUGCAAAUAGCCGACAGACGGGACACCCAGCAGCCGCACCAUAGCGCUGUUAAUAUGCAUAUUAAAAGGUUCGCCGAGUUCCACCAGCCCCACGGCGAGUGCAUCCUAUGGCCCGUGGUGCGUGACCUGCUCAUCAACUUCAACCUUCCGCAAGAUGCCCCUCCUCCCUCUGCCCCUCCGCCCUCCUAG